AUGAAAUGGGUCACAGAGAAUCCCAACUAUCAGCCCCGUCCUAAGUCAUCCUUCAAAGGCCUGAGCCUUCACGAGAUCCCAGCCACCCCCGACUCCCUCCUCGACAGCCCUAACAGAAUGGCAAUCUUUCUAAGAUCAGCCAACGGCAGAAACCCAUGGUUAAGAAUCGGCUCGUCAUCUGGACCCAGUUCAUUCAUAAGCUACAGACGCGCUCUUGCCAUGUUCGGCGAGCCCGCAACCCAUACCGAAUCCACACCCAAGACCGAACGCGAGUGGUGUGAGAAGAACACCGUCUACACUGUCCCAAUUCUGUCCGAAGAAGAACAGUGGGCUCUCUUCAGAGCGAGCAUUGGAGGAUGGCCAGACGUUGAAGGCCACGACUUCGCUGGUCUGACCAACUGGAUCCAUAGAUGUAUGGAGACAGACAAGAAGUUCCUGGAGGUCACGCUCCCAUCAUGGAAGAAGGAAAGGGAGGAUCAUCGCGCCACCACGAUUGAGAAGCUGUCGAAGUUGAGCCUCAAGCAUCAUGGUCCUUCGGGAUAA